AUGACGUCCCACGUCUCCAGUUUCGAAAAAUCAUCCAUGCUCAAAGAAGAAGAAAAAAUCGCCGUCAAGGCCGCAGAGCCUCACUCGCGACCCACUCCAUCUCUGAUACAAUCCAAGUCCCCACACGCACAUCUCCGUCAAGUCGAGAUAUCUGCUUUUGACUUGACUGCAACGCCCACAUCCUACACAACGAACGUCAUGGCGAUACUAGAUCGGUUCAAGGGCAGGAGGCACGAGGAGUCGCCUGCGUCGUCGGCCAUGGCGGCAGAUCUGGAGAAGAAGCCCCAGAUUCUGCAGGUCGGGAUGAAGGACAUAUUUCGUGUGCGCAUUAUUGCAAUGGCUAUCGUUGUGUCCAUGGGUGGUUUUAUCUUUGGCUAUGAUACUGGUCAAAUCUCAGGUUUCAUCGAGAUGCCUGAUUUCCUCGAGAGGUUUGCCGACGAAACAGACGAACAAGGAGGUCUGAAAUUUAGUAACUGGCGAUCGGGCUUGAUUGUUGCGCUGCUUUCCAUUGGCACACUCAUGGGCGCUCUCAUCGCUGCUCCCAUUGCCGACAAAUUCGGUCGGAAAUACUCGAUUGUCUUCUGGAACAUCAUCUUCUGCGUCGGCGUCAUUGUCCAAAUCACCACAACAGGCGUAUGGUAUCAAGUGUCACUCGGCAGAUGGGUGGCUGGACUUGGUGUAGGCGGCUUGAGUGUUUUGACGCCAAUGUAUCAGUCGGAGACUGCUCCUCGUUACGUUCGCGGUGCGCUCGUGUCAUGCUACCAGCUCUUCAUUACACUGGGCAUCUUCGUUGCAUACUGCAUCAACUUUGGCACCGAGGCAGAUUCUAGCGCGAGGUCGUGGAAACUACCAAUGGGUAUUGGCUUCAUCUGGUCUGUCCUGAUGAUAGUCGGUAUCCUGUUCAUGCAAGAGUCUCCGCGGUGGGAGUACCGCAAGGGCAAGAUUGACAGCGCGCGACACACCAUUGCGCUUACAUAUGGUGUAGCCGAGGACCACCCAGAAGUCGUCAACGAGAUCCGCGAGAUUGAAAAGAAGCUCGAGGCUGAGCGUGCUGGCGGCGAUCAUCACCCGUGGUAUGAGAUUUUUACUGGUCCGAGAAUGGGGUACCGUGUGCUUCUUGGUAUCACACUCCAAGCUCUGCAGCAGUUGACUGGCGCCAACUAUUACUUCUACUAUGGAACGACCAUCUUCAACUCGGUCGGGAUCAGCAACUCCUACGUCACCUCCAUCAUUCUCGGCGCCGUCAACUUUGGAACAACAUUCCCGGGCCUCUACAUUGUCGAAAAAUACGGCCGUCGCCCUUCUUUGAUCUACGGUGCGCUCUGGAUGUUCAUGUGUUUCCUCGUCUUUGCCUCGCUCGGUCAUUUUGCACUUGAAAACGACAAUGGCACUUCGAGCCAGGGUGUUGGCUACGCCAUGAUCACAUUUGCAUGUCUCUUCAUUGCCGGAUUCGCCAUGACAUGGGGCCCGAUUGUGUGGGCUGUAGUCGGUGAAAUCUACCCCAGUCGCUACCGUGCAAAGUGCAUGGCUCUAGCCACAGCCAGCAACUGGACAUGGAACUUUCUGCUUUCCUUCUUCACACCCUACAUCACCUCGGCCAUCGACUACCGUUACGGCUACGUCUUCGCAGGCUGCUGUUUCGCCGGCGCUCUCGUCGUCUACUUCUUCGUAUGCGAGUCCCACGGCCGCAGCCUCGAGGAAAUCGACACCAUGUAUAUUCUCGGCGUGACGCCCUGGAAGAGCAAGCACUGGCAUCCUACGCCCGGCGAGGAGCUGCCCACGCUGGAUAACACUUAUUUGACGCCUGGCGCGAGGGGUAUCAAUAAGAAGAAUGAGGCCAGGCAGCCGGAGAUGUUGAGGACGGAAGACGUGCCGCCUGUUGCAGAGGCGGAUCUAGUGGCUAGUGGGGCCACGGGGGUCAUGGUGCAGGCAACAAUAUCCACUAGCCCCGGUAAUCCCCCACAAAAACGAAUACUCGACAGAUACACACGCGAGCAAAAAAAAGAAAGUUCGAAGAAUCCCGAGUACAAACUCAGGCACGUUGUCCCCUUCGUGGAUCGAACACGAUACCUCCAGAUUUAG